CUCAAAACCCACCUUAGCAGUCAAUAAUAAUAUCAACAUACAACACCCGUUUUGGUUCAGGUUCUCCCUCUUCCCUUACAAUUUUUCUCCAGUAAUUGUUCAACCCUCCUUUACAAGGCCGGUUUUUGUAUGUGAUAUGGGAGUAGGGUGUUAUUUUUAUAUAAAAGGGUAAUUGUGUUGAAUUCCGGUAUUUGGUGAAUGAAUUAUGGUGAAAUCAUUUGAGAAUGUGGCGCCAUUCUUGUUGAAGUGUUAUGAGAUGGUGGACGAUGAGUCAACGGACAGCUUGAUUUCCUGGCAUCAAUCUGAUAACAAUUUCAUCAUAUGGGAUGUUCCUAAAUUCUCAUCUCAAUUGCUUCCUAAAUACUUCAAGCACAGCAACUUCUCUAGCUUCGUUCGCCAACUCAACAUCUAUGGUUUCCAUAAGACAGAUACAGAUAGAUGGGAGUUUGCGAAUGAUAGCUUUCUCAAAGGCCAAAAGCAUUUAUUAAAGAAUAUUGUUAGAAGGAAACAGUCCAGUGUAGUCCAAAAGAAAUCAUCCCAGCAUGAGGAGAUCAAGUCCAGUAAAUCUGAAGAAAAUAAGAAUCUUGAACUGUGGGAAGAAGUUGAGAAUCUCAAGACCGAUAAGAAUGUGCUCACACAGGAGUUAGUUAAGCUCAGGCAACACCAGCAGAAUUCAGAGAGCAAAUUGAUACUUCUUAGAGAACAGCUAAAAGGUAUGGAGAAACAUCAGCAGCAGAUGCUUUCCUUCAUUGUGAUGGCUAUGCAAAGCCCAAACUUUUUGGUUCAGUUCUUCCAGCCCAAGGAAAACAAUUGGCGCGUGACUGAAAAUGGUAAUAAUAUACUGAGUGAAGUUGAAGAUUAUUCUGAAGAUAUGCCACCUGAUCGAGCAAUUGUGAGGUAUCAUCCUCCCACUCAUGAAGCUGCAGAGCCCCUAUGUGCUGAACUUGAAACAGCUGUGGAUACUAAGAAACCUAUGGAGCUCGAUCUUUCGUGUGAUGAAAUAAAGGAUCUGUUUUCCAAUAUAGAUUUUUUUUCAGGGUUAAUGGAUGAAAAACUGCUUUCUUUUGAAAAUAGUGUCCCUCUUACUUUGCCAGAUUUGCCUGACGAUGAGGACAUGUUGGAACAGCUGCUUUUGUCCCAGCCAAUAACAGAGAAUAAAGAAGACGAAUAGUUGGAUCAUAAAACUUGUUCCCAUGCUGGCGUAGAUGCUGACUUGUCAUUCCAGCCAAUAGGGUCCGGGGCUUUGGUAGGAUCAGAGGAACUAUUUCAUAUAGUCGAAGAUAAAGAGAUGGAAAUUGCUUUGCUGUAGAAUCGGUUAGAUAAAUCGAGUAAUAUCGAUAGACUAAUUGAAAAGAUGGGACAUACUAUAUUCUGAAGGAGCCAACAGGCCAAUGCGAAUUUCUUUUAAUACUGAGAAAUACUGGAAGAUCCGUUAUGUUACCAUUGAAUCUUCCUUGUUUGAUAUCUGGAAGGAACACCAUUCUUUUUGGUCACUUGAAUUUUUGAUGGCCCUGUCCUUUUCUCGUCUUUUUGGUGUUUUUUAAAUCAAUUGAGGGGCCAAAUAUGUAACGAGAACUCAUUAUGCAUAGUUGAAAUAGUAAAGAAUACUGCUAAAAGCUUAAUUGA